AUGGCUUGGGACGGAGGAUACGAGCCCAAUGGUACAGAGGGCAAGAACUUCUACAUCCCCAUGUCCAACAGGACUGGGAUUGUUAGAAGUCCUUUUGAAUACCAACAGUAUUAUUUGGUAGAUCCCAUCGUGUACAAGCUUUUAGCUUUCUACAUGUUCUUCCUGAUCUGCACCGGAACUCCCAUCAACGGUCUAACAUUGUUUGUAACGGCUCAGAACAAGAAGCUCCGGCAACCUCUCAACUACAUCCUGGUCAACCUGGCUGUGGCAGGACUGAUCAUGUGCAGCUUCGGAUUCACCAUUACCAUCACAUCUGCCCUUAAUGGCUACUUCAUUCUCGGACCCACUGCCUGCGCUGUUGAAGGAUUCAUGGCCACACUUGGAGGUGAAGUUGCCCUCUGGUCACUGGUAGUCCUGGCUAUUGAAAGAUACAUCGUUGUCUGCAAACCCAUGGGAAGCUUCAAGUUCUCUGGAACCCAUGCGGGAGCAGGAGUCGCUUUCACCUGGAUCAUGGCCUUUGCAUGCGCUGGACCCCCACUUUUUGGCUGGUCCAGGUACCUUCCUGAGGGCAUGCAGUGCUCCUGUGGACCCGACUACUACACUCUGGCCCCAGGCUACAACAAUGAAUCAUACGUCAUCUACAUGUUUGUUGUCCACUUCUUCGUUCCCGUCUUCAUCAUCUUCUUCGCUUACGGAAGCCUUGUGCUGACUGUCAAAUCUGCUGCAGCCCAGCAGCAGGACUCAGUCUCCACCCAGAAAGCCGAGAAGGAAGUAACACGUAUGUGCUUCUUGAUGGUCCUUGGCUUCCUGGUAGCUUGGACGCCAUAUGCCACUUUCGCUGGUUGGAUCUUCUUGAACAAAGGAGCUGCCUUCACCGCCCUAACAGCAGCUAUCCCUGCUUUCUUUGCAAAGAGCUCAGCUCUGUAUAAUCCUGUUAUCUACGUAUUGAUGAACAAACAGUUCCGUAACUGCAUGCUGAGCACUAUUGGAAUGGGCGGCAUGGUGGAGGAUGAGACUUCAGUUUCUUCCAGCAAGACAGAAGUGUCCUCUGUCUCUUAA